AUGGCGUCCUGCAAACCGUCUGCCACUCCUGUUGAUACCAAACAGAAGCUCAUUACCACCUCAGGCACUCCUUAUGAGGAUCCCACUCUAUAUCGGAGUCUUGCAGGUGCAUUACAGUAUCUCACUUUUACUCGCCAUAAUAUCUCUUAUGCUGUUCAGCAGGUUUGCCUUCACAUGCAUGCUCCUUGCACAGAUCACAUGCUUGCUCUCAAACGCAUCCUGCGUCAUGUUCAGGGUACUAUUCAUUUUGGCUUGUCUUUGACCCCAUCUCCCAUUCAGAAGCUCAUUUCUUACACUAAUGCUGAUUGGGGUGGAUGUCCUGACACUCGACGUUCCACGUCUGGCUAUUGUGUAUUCCUUGGUGACAACCUCAUCUCCUGGUCUUCUAAACGGCAGCCUACUCUCUCCCGUUCCAGUGCUGAGGCUGAGUACCGGGGCCACUUUGGUGUAUUGUGA